UAUCCCAGCGUCAGCCUUUUCCGCUCUCUUUUCGUUUAGGCUCAGCUAGCGGCCGGCCUGCAAACAUGCAGAUCUUCGUGAAGACGUUGACGGGGAAGACCAUCACCCUUGAGGUUGAGCCCAGCGACACUAUCGAAAAUGUCAAGGCAAAGAUCCAGGACAAGGAAGGAAUUCCCCCUGAUCAGCAGCGUCUGAUCUUCGCUGGCAAACAGCUUGAGGAUGGACGCACACUGUCUGACUACAACAUCCAGAAAGAAUCCACUCUGCAUCUGGUUCUGCGUCUGCGUGGUGGCAUCAUUGAGCCUUCUCUCAGACAGCUGGCCCAGAAAUACAACUGUGACAAGAUGAUCUGCCGCAAGUGCUAUGCCCGUCUGCACCCCCGUGCUGUCAACUGCCGCAAGAAGAAGUGCGGACACACCAACAAUCUUCGCCCCAAGAAGAAGCUGAAGUAGACAUUUUGGCUGAAUGGAUUCUCUAUGCCAUUUUGUGUUCAAAUAAAUGUAAGAAAGUAA